UGAUAUCAAUAAAGAUCAAAAUUGACAGAUCAAAGUUGUUGAUGAGAUUGAUAAUAAGAGGAUUUUCUUGUAUUUAAUUUUCUGGAGAAGCGAAACCUACCCAUAAGUAGAUAAUUGUUUGGAUAAUAAACUGUUUUAUUACUCCAUUUUAACAACAAUAUGAUUCAUUUUCACAAUAUAUCUGUCAGCGUCCAAUCAAGUCGUUAUCUCAUGGUUGUGAUAGGAACAGCUGCAAUGCAAGAAAUAAGAACUAAUAAAUAAUACUUAUUUAGUUUCAACUCUUCACUACAUAAAAGCUCGUUUUUUACAAGACAUGGCUAUUCAUUGUCAAUUACUAGCAACUACUAUACUGUAUGGAUCUGUGGUGAUUAACAGUAUUAUUGAAAUAUCAACCUUGGCAGUUGCGAAGUCUGAUAAUUCUGGAACAUGUUUUCUGUUUGUAAGAGAUCAAACAAGCCCAGCAUCAGUUCUUCCUUGCAAUGUCAAUAUUUACAUUAAUGGUGGAGUUUCUGCUUAUGCAACUGUUAUGACAAUUUAUCAUGGGUAUGGUACAUUAGUUGCAUCAAGAGGAGAAAGCCAUGUUGGGCGAACUAUGUGGGUUAUGCCCUGGCUUCUUGCAAAUUCUCUAUCUAUGAUUGUAGUAUUUAUUAGUUCAUGUAUUUAUUCUAUUGGUCUUUAUGUAUCCUGCACUAAUGAUACUCCAGUAUUGUCUUUGACUGAAAGUUGCAGCAUGGAUAACAAGAUUUUCAAAACUAUGUUUAUUUCUGAGAUUUGUGCUUGGUUAAAUGUAUUUUUUUGGAUUUGUCUGAUAGUUUUGGAAGCAGUUAGGCUAAGAAGGAAUCGUAGAGCAAUUUCUAGAGAAAUAUAUCAAGAUCCAAAUUCAUCUGAUGUUGUUAAUAUUGGAGUUAUAAAUCCUACAGCUUAAUAAUAAACACAGAAAAAGUACAUGUCUAAUUUUGCAUGUUAAAAAAAAUUGUGAUAUUACAUUCCAGUUGCUUAAUGAAACUAAUCAUUUGUAAUAAUGAGCAGUGCAUUGUUGAGCACAGUUUUUCUUAUUUAUUUUAUAAAAUUUUCAUUUAAUCCACUUGAUUUUAUUCAUUUAUAAUCAUACUAUUCUUUGAAAGUUAAUGUUAUUGUAAUAGUUUAAUGAGACUGUAACAUUAAAUUUAUUUUCACGCAUCAAUCUAUCACUGUAAAAUAAAAUUAAAAUAUAAUAACUGUUUUUA